AUGGCCAGCUCCUGGAGUUUUGACUGGGAGCAGUCGAAUUGGUGGAAGUAUCGGACGAACGACACACACCUCACAGGUGUCUUCGCAAAUCGGUUCGUUUCGCAAACCACCCAAACUCUCCUCGGAAUCUACUUGUCGAUCACGGGUACAUGCGGUCUUAUCGCGAAUUUUCUCGUGCUUGCAAUGUUCAUAAGAACGAAGGGUCGCCUGUCCCCUUCGUCGAUGGUGCUCCUCAACCUGACUGUGACUGACAUUUUCAUACUCUUCUGUGGUUUUCCUACACAUACGCUGGCCAAUUUCGCCGGAAGAUGGAUUUACGGCGACCUCGGGUGUGCCCUGUACGGUUUUUUCGGCUUUUUCUUCGGAACGGCACACAUCGGAUCUCUAUCCAUCCUUUCAUACGAGCAAUACAGGAUGAUCUCUGAAAUGAAGCCCGACUCGUGUCCCACCCAAAAGUAUUUGGAUCGACUCCAUCAUCGCUACAGGACCUACGUCAUACUGAUCUGGUGUUUUUCGCUUUUCUGGGCUUCGUUACCUCUCGUCGGGUGGAGCAGGUAUUACUACGAGCCGUAUGGAACAGCAUGCACAAUCGACUGGCAGACGAACGACUUCCGAUACAGAACUUAUAUAAUAGCCUACUUCAUCGGUGGAUAUGUUUUCCCUUUCGGGCUGAUGAUAUACUCGUACACUCGAAUUGUGUUGAUGAAAAGAGCCUACAGAAUCCUGCACGGAAGACAGCUCUCCAUCAAGGCAGAUAUCAUAGGAACUCUGAAAGAAAAUCGCGAAGAGGAUCUGACUCUCCUCGCGGUCCUGACCGUGAUCACUUUCGUUGUGACGUGGACUCCAUACGCUGUCUUGUGCGUUUAUUGCGUAUUCGCUGACCCCGCCUCAGUUCCUACGUCCAUGAUCCUUGCACCCUCAAUCUGCGCGAAGACUUCAGGAUGCGUCAACCCCUUCAUAUAUACGUUCACGAGCAAGAACAUGCGCGACGGUAUGAUGGAAAGCCUGAAUAAGAUGAGAAUACCGCAGCUUUUACCAGCCUCAAACCUCAAGGAAAUUAAUGCUACGUUCCUCGCCGAUGAUCAACCUGCCGAAAACGGGUUGCGUGGAGACUCACAGGAGUAG